UGCAGCCAACCAUUUUUCGAAAAGAGUGAAUUUGAUAGCCUCGGAAUAUCAGGCUGCGGACAAAAGUAACCGGUAGACUUUUGCAAGUCCUUAAUGCAGAGUACAUUUGCUUAACAAAUUGAGCGGCAAGGCUUUAUUCUUUAAAUUACUGUUCAACCCAACCAUCUGGUGAUUAACUUUCAGAUGUGGACAUAGCGGCAUUUAUCAUAUUGCUUUUCUGUUAGGCCCUUUGCAGCAUAAACCACCGGAGUUUCUUGCAAGAGCAAGCUGUACACAAACAGAAUGUCGAGGUCAGGAAAAGUAACUCCAGGACAUUCUACUGCAUCAGAUGUAGAACUUCGUGACCUGGGAGUUGAAGAUGAAAUGGAAAUGGACAAUCCUGAUGCUCAAAUGUUUGGUGACUUGCCAAGCAGAUUAGCAAGUAGAUCUGCCAUGAGUUUUCAUCACAAAGCUGCAAGUCGUAGAAGUCUCAGGGGUAAGUUAUCUAACACAGGUGAAAGUGCAGUUGCCCUUCCUGUUGACAGAGUUGAAAGUCAGUUAGAAAUGCUAGAUCUUGAGGACAGCACAAAUGACCCACUAGCUGAGUCAAGGAAUCUUGAUAAAAUCAAGGCAGCUCCAAUUUCUCUUGCACAGAAGAAGUCUAUCAAAAAUUUACAUGAGAGAGAAACACAGAGGAAGAAGCGAAAUCUAUCAUGCUGGAAGUCCUUCAAGUUGAAGAUUGGAAUGUCCUGGGCUUUGAUGAAAAUGCGAUUAAAUGAAUUCUUCGGUUCUCUUGAAUUAUGGCGAGGGCCUUUGAAAGAAGUCGAAGGUGAAUUUGGAAACGGCGUGCUCUCCUAUUUCCUGUUUUUGAAAUCACUUCUACUUUUGAAUGUUAUUAUUUUCGUAUUGGUGUUCAGUUUCCUGACAGUGCCGCAGAUUUUAAAAGAGGGAAACACCUUAAAGGAGAGCAAUGAGACAGUUUCAACUACAAGUCCAAACGUAACUUUACCAAGUAAUGGCUCCUCCUUCAGUCCGCUCACAGGUGGCACGUGUUCUGUCCCGUUGUAUAACUCGUCGGGCAAAAGUGUUCAAGACCAUAUUGUAGAUUUUAUCACUGGUCAGGGUUAUAUCAGCUCAACCCUGAUGUUUUAUGGCACGUAUUCCAACCAAACUCUCCAAAAUACAGACAUCAAGUAUGAUAUGCCUCUUGCCUACAUGCUGGUUGGAAUCAGUUAUUUGAUCGUCAGCCUCAUCAUAAUGGUCCAUAACUUUUCAACUGGGUUUACAGAAAGUGUAAUUGAAAGUGGUGGACUGUUCUAUUCAUAUUGCAAUAAAAUAUUUGCCAGCUGGGAUUACUGCAUCACAAGCGAAAAAGCUGCUGUUUUGAAGAAGAAAAAUGUUUUCCAAGAUUUACAAGCUGAACUCGCUGAAGAAAAAAGAAGGGAGAAGGUUCAGAGUCGAACACGAGCUCAGAAAUGUAAGAUUUACACAAUCAGAGGUGUCAUCAACUUGCUGAUAAUGGGUUUCCUUGCGGGCAGCGUCUAUGCAAUCAUCAAAACAGUCGAGAUAUCAGAGCAAGCUGUAGCGAGUGGGGAAGCUGAUCAAUCAGAUUUCAAUGCUGUGAUGAAAAAAUGGGCAUCUUCGCUCACAAUCACUGCUUUAAACUUGGUUCUGCCACUUAUAUUUGAAUAUUUAACAGAAAUGGAGGACUGGAGUCCACGUUUGGAAGUAGCACUUGUUCUCUGGAGGUCUGUUUUGUUAAAGCUCGCUUCUGUUACUGUUUUGGUUAUCACUCUCUACACAACUGCCAGUUAUCGCACACAGUGCUGGGAAAAUUCGAUCGGUGCACAGAUGUACAACUUGAUAUGGAUCGACUUGUUUGUUGUUGUAUUUAUCACCAUAUUUGCAGAAACAUCUCGAAAAUAUGUCAGCUUGUAUCUCAACUGUGGCUGUAAUCUUGGAGAGAAAAUAGGCCAACAAGAGUUUCAGAUUCCAAAAAAUGUUUUGGACUUGGUGUAUGGGCAAGCUCUCAUAUGGAUCGGCACAUUCUUCGCCCCACUAAUCCCGGCAAUAGGAGUUUUAAAGUUGAUUCUCGUAUUUUACGUCAAGAAGAUCAGUUUGAUGUUCAACUGCAAACCAGCCUCAAAACCUUAUCAAGGAUCCAGAAAUAACUACUUCUUCACUCUGUUAUUGUUGCUGACUUUUUUACUUUGUGUUCUUGGCGUCGGAUGGGGAUUAACACGAGUCACAACUUCAAAUUGUGGACCAUUUAGAAACUUUUUAUGUCUUUCUGACAAAAAGAUGUUUGAUAUCAUAUCACUGAGAAUAAAGGAUUGGCCGACUGUUUUGUCUGAAAUAAUGAAUUUCGUGGAAACGCCUGCGUUUUUGGUUCCAGUUCUUAUAAUCAUAUGUUUGCUGCUAUAUUACUUCCGGUCAAUGACAACAGCUCACGAACGUAUGAUUGAAAUGCUUAAAGACCAGCUUGUCAUGGAAGGAAGAGACAAAAGAUUUUUAAUGGAGAGACUUUUGACACUGACGAAAAAAACAGACGAUGCUUCCCAAAACCACACCCUAUUACCGUCAAUGGGUAACAAAUAUUAGCCUGCAAUGGCGAGCGUUGUAAAUAUAAUAAAUAUUUCAUUGCUCCUUAAAGGUGUAUACAGUAAUCUACUAUGGGAGGAUGACUUGUGAAGAUUUGCUUCCCUGAAAACGGAGGGAUUUUAACGUAGGUGGCCUCAAGAUUUAGUUGCUAUAAAUGACAUCUAUGUGAUUAUAAUGCAAUGCAUUUGGAAUGGAUGAUGGAAGGCGGGAAUGGCAAGGCUUGAUCCGAGGGUGCAAAGCUUUUUAGAUCAUUGUCACCUUCAUAGAAUCCUUGAUUUCGCACCCGGCCCCAACCCCUAGCAUGUGCAAAAUAGAGUACUGAUAAUGACAAAGUAGAUGUCAAUCCAUCCUCCUCCGAGGUUGAUAUCUACCACUGUGAAGUCCUUUGGGCUAUGUUAUCUUUAGUGGGCCCUCGGUCAUAUUUUUUCUCCUUUCCGAGUUUGGCGAUAAGGAAACCUUAAGAGGUUUUUUCGAUUCAGACAAAACUACCAAUCUUAAGGCUAAAUAUCUUGAGAAAGAUGGUAAUGAAUCGUAUUGUUGUAUACAGUAGACAUAUGGAAGACAUAAAAGUAUGAUUUCUGCGUCAUUGGCCUCUUAUUGCUAAGGUGGGGCCCUGACCCACCCUUCUUUGCUAGUUUUAUUCUGUCAGAGGAGUACCUUGUCAUCGAUACCUACUGAAGUGUAUCCAGUUUAUACUUGUGUAAAAUUUUUGAUUCUGUAGAACCUAUUUAUACUGCUAUUGGUAAACGUAGUGCAUGGGGCAAUUUUUCUUUUCGGCGGAGAAAUCUUAUUUUCUGUUUCUUUUACCCGUUUCUUUUUAUUUUCAUUUAGCUUCUUGCUGAAAAGUUAUUGUUAAUUUUCUGUUCAUCAGAUGAAUCUUUUGCUAUGUGUUAGAGUAAUGUUUUUGGUAUGUGUGUUAGAUUUUAGCCAUUGAACCUGAGCACAGGGCAACUCACGUAAAUCCAUUCGUUCCCAGAAAUAUGUAGUUCUGUCUCUAAGUCCCUUAAAAAACAUCAUGAUAAUAAACCUGAACAAUUCAAGUGUUGGAUGUUUAUUUCUCAAGUUUGAGUGAAAUUUGCUCGUUCAGUUUUACAAUUUGCCAUCAGAGGAUUAAUUUUGCUAGCCUCUUUUUACAAUCAAAAUCAUUUAAUCACCAUAAAUAUAUUAUGUUGGUAAUAGUCGAUUUAUUAUAUUAGAAAUAAUGAAGAAAUGAUUUGAAUAUGGCCGUGAUUCAUCUAUGUGAGUGAAUUUUUUCAAAAACCUGUGAGCUGCUCUGUUGCUCCUAAAUUUAUAAAGGCUUUAUUUAGUAGACUUAUUGUAUUUCCUAUACACAUUUGAAUCUUAUUUGUCUUCGCUGUAUGAUAGAUAGAAACGUUGCCAAGUGUUGAAAUUUGUUGUAUAAUGUUAUUGUGUUAGUUGUUAUGGUAGUUUCCAAGUUUGCAAGUUAUUUGCAAAUUGUAAAAGUUUUCUAGGGUAUGUGAUGACUUUUAAAUGUUUUAUAUAUUGAUUUUUGAAGAAUAUCUGAUUAUUGAUAUGAUACUGUACUUUACUAACAUGUUAACAAUUGAUUUUUCUUGAUUAAUAAUUUAUCAAUCGAUUUCCA